CUGACAUCAUGAGACACUGAUAUGGCAAUACUACUGUUAGAAACAUUCUAGUCUGUUUCAGACAGACAGCCUAAGCAACAUCAUGUCGUUGAGCUGGUCAGCAAAAGACCACAAGAGUUCUACAAAUUCCCCCUCCAACCCAACCCAAGGGCUGAAGCGGCCAAGGAAUGACACAGGGAACAAAGUGACUGUGGUGCUCGGUGCGCAAUGGGGAGAUGAAGGCAAAGGAAAAGUCGUCGAUUUACUGGCGACUCAGUCUGACCUUGUUUGCAGAUGUCAGGGUGGUAACAAUGCAGGCCACACAGUGGUAGUAGAAGGCACAGAGUAUGACUUCCACCUUCUCCCCAGUGGCAUUAUCAACCCCAAAAGCAUAUGUGUCAUUGGUAAUGGCGUAGUCAUACACCUACCAGGCUUGUUUGAGGAGGCGGAGAAGAAUGAGAAGAAAGGUCUCAAAGGUUGGGAGAAGAGACUAAUUGUCUCUGACAGAGCUCACCUCGUGUUUGAUUUCCACCAGGUUGUGGAUGGAAUUCAGGAGACCCAGCGACAAGCGACAGAGGGAAAGAUUAUUGGAACGACCAAGAAAGGCAUUGGACCCACCUAUACCAGCAAAGCAUCUCGCAUUGGACUGCGUGUCUGUGACCUUCUGGGAGACUUUAAAGAGUUCUCUACCAAAUUCAAGAACCUUGUCGCACAGUACCAGUCCAUGUACUCAUCCCUGACAGUUGAUACUGACACUCAGCUGAAAAAACUGAAGGAGUAUGGAGAGAGGUUACGGCCGAUGGUGCGGGAUGGAGUCUACUACAUGUAUGAGGCUCUUCAUGGACCCCCAAAGAAAAUUCUGGUGGAAGGGGCCAAUGCUGCCCUCCUCGACAUUGACUUUGGCACAUAUCCUUUUGUGACCUCAUCAAACUGCACUGUUGGUGGGGCAUGCACUGGUCUUGGCAUCCCUCCCCUGAAUAUUGGUGAAGUGUAUGGUGUAUCAAAGGCCUACACCACCAGGGUAGGAAUUGGUGCCUUCCCCACAGAACAGCUCAAUGCAACAGGUGAGCUGCUGCAGACGAGAGGUCAUGAGGUGGGUGUGACAACGGGCAGGAAACGUCGCUGUGGCUGGCUGGACCUGGUCAUCCUGAGAUACGCCCACAUGAUCAAUGGCUUCACUGCCAUUGCUUUGACAAAACUUGACAUCCUUGAUGUGCUGGAUGAGAUCAAAGUAGGAGUGGCCUACAAAAUCAAUGGCAAAAGAAUUCCCAAUUUCCCAGCUAACAUGGAGCUGUUGCACAAAGUGGAGGUAGAGUAUGAGACCUUCCCAGGCUGGAAGAGUGAUACGUCUGCAGCUAGGAAGUGGAAUGAUCUCCCCCAGAAGGCUCAGAACUACAUCCGCUUUGUGGAGAACCACAUUGGAGUACCCAUUAAGUGGGUCGGCGUCGGAAAGUCCAGAGAGUGCAUGAUCCAGAUGUUCUAGAGACUUUUCAUUUUCUCUCCCCAAGAUGGAUGCACAUGGAUGGACGACAUGUGGCUUGAUGUGACAUAUGUUUACAACCUUCAAACUAUCUAAUAUUCUGCAGAACCUGUUGCCAACAGAUAUGUGUAGCCUUGAAACAAUGUUGAGUGGAAACGUUGGUAACUUUACAUCUAUCUGUGUUGCAUCAGUAAAUUGCCUUGUCAUGAUGUCUGCCAGAAAGUCCUACAGUAUGACUGAGCCAUGUGUAAAUCUUACCUUGUGCCACACAACAACCCUGAAAGAAAAAAACACACCCAAUAACUUUUCCUCCUGAGUAAUGUUAACUGCCUUGUGUUUUUGGUCUUCUUUAGGGAUGGAUCAACAUCUACAUAAUGUGUACCUGGAGAAAAUGGGGGAGGGUAAUGCUUUUUCAAUUUCAGUCAAGGGGAGGGCUUUGUAUUUUUUUUUUUUAUCUAGUCCAGGGGAGGAUCAUGUAAUUUGUAAUUGAUGAAAUGUCUAUAUUUCUCAGUGUUUUAGAAUGAGUUGCUUGUUAGGCUAUAUAUAUCGAUGUGUGCCCGAUGCCGCCCCUCAACCCUGACAUUACACACUGCAAUGGGUUUUUCCACCCUGAGCCCCGGCCUGCUCUGCUCUUGCUGAUCAAAAACGUCUUUGUGUGCUGCCUAACCAAUGGCUGUUCAGUGUAGGACUAUGGUGGCAGUUUAAAAGGAGAGUCAAAGGUCUCUUGCAAACAUAAUAUAUAUAUUUUUUAUAUUAGGCCUAGUCCAAACAAUGCACUAUCUUGCGUGCAGACUAGCCUAUAACCUAUGUUCUGUUCAGCUUGAGAAGGAGAGCUUGAAGAUGAGGAGGAGGACCGGAGGUCAACUUUGAUAGCUUGCUACUACUAUAUAUGGGGAUAUCAUUGGUAGUUGUUUAGUUUCUUUGACUUUCAGAACCUGAGCUGCAACCUUCUAUAGUCAAGGAGACAAAAAAAAUGACUUUGCUUGGGAAGAAAUGUAAUUCUGUCACUAUCAAUUAAGCUAUUCACUUUCUGUACAAUAGAAGAUAUUUAAUCCCAGACAGUUUUUAGGGAAGAGUAGGCAGCAGUAAAUAUGACAUGUUUCUGUGUCUGUAGGCUUACUCUCUCUUGGGUGGAAAGUUAGGCCUAACUUUUGAAAGUACAAUGCUCUGAUUGCUGCCGACCUGGUCUCGGAGCAUUUCGUAUUAUUCUGUACGUAAAUCUGAGACACUCCAUUUUGUAUGAUAUGUUACGUUUCGUAUGGUAUGUAUUAAUUUGCUAGGCUUGCGGUUAGGUUUACGGUCUGGGUUAACUUUAGGAGUUAGGUCAAAUGGUUAGGGUUAGGGGAAAGGUUAGUUAAAGGGUCAAGGGACAGGUUGGUUAACAUGCUGAGUAGUUGCAAAGUUGCUAAUUAGGUAAAAUUGUCCGUGUUGAGAUUCAAACUCACAACCUUUGGAUUGCUAGACGUUCGGGUUAUAAGCCUACCCAACCACCCUAAUUUCAUUUUUGCCGUAACUAACCAUCUGUUUUAUGUAACCAUACCGAACAUAAAAUAUCAUACUAAUUUGUGUGUCUCGGGUUUACGUUUACUAUGUUAUGUUUAGUCUACAAGACCAGGCUUCAACUUGAUGUCUCAGAUUUUAUUAUUUGCAAACAGGGACAGUUUCGUUGUAAACAUUAUAAAAUGAUCACAUAGGCUUAGCUCUCUGUCCAUUCUUAGCCUGUCAUUUUGGUAAUUUGUGUGUAUUAAAAAAAGAUUCUGCUAAUGUGUAAAAUGAUGUAAAAUUGCAUGACAUUUUUUAUAAAAGGCCAUUUUUAUUCUCUGACUUGCAAGUAAGAUGACAGAUUCAUGCAAUGUGUUCACUAUGAAGGGGAUCUUUCCACCCCUUUUCUUGUCUAAACGGUGGUCUGCGAACCCACAACCUUCUGGCCCGCAGCCCUUUACGCUUUCAAAUUUCCUGCGUUGCCAUGUAAGACUUACAGGAGGAAGAACAUUUUCUAAUAAUGGAUAUCUAAGGUGCUGGUCUGUCCAAGUGUGAGGGUAAAUGGUAGACAAGUUUUCAGCCAUCCACUUUAUGUUUGAAUUAUUAUUUGGGGUUUAGGGGAGGGUCACUUUUUUUCAAGUGUUCAGGUAGAGUUAAGGGAGGGCCAUCGAUUGUCAUUUCAGAGCGGUUUGAUUUAUUUCCAUGUAACCCUUAUUAAAAAUAAAGUUCA